GAAGUGCUUUUUAGUUAGCAAUUAAGAAUGGAGGCUAGAGGAAGUGUGCAAAAGUAGGAGGUUAACCACACAUGAGAGUCCUAUGAAAGAAGUUUCUGUAGCAGUGCAUAAAAAGCGGUAAAAGCCACACAGUCUUAACCUGUUGAACUUCCAAGGAGCAAACAGGGAGGAGCAAUUAUGUCAGCUGUUUGCACAGGCACAUUAACCUUUCCACUUCACCUUCUGCUUGUGCUUGUUCUGUAGUCCAGUUGCUUCUUGGGUCUUUCUCAUUUGCAAGCUUGUGAAAGAUACGAAGACAUGUCAAUUCACACUGCAAAAAAAGAAAAACGAUUUCUUUUUACCUCAGAAUCUGUUGCUGAAGGACAUUCUGAUAAGAUAUGUGAUCAGAUAAGUGAUGCUGUCGUAGAUGCUCAUCUCAGUAUUGAUCCAGAUGCGAAGGUUGCCUGUGAGUGUGUAGCAAAAACUGGAAUGAUUUUGCUCUGUGGAGAGAUCACAUCCCGAGCUAUAGUAGAUUACCAACAAAUUGUGAGAGAGACCCUUAAGAGGAUAGGAUAUGAUGACUCUUCCAAAGGACUGGACUAUAAGACUUGCACAGUUUUAGUGGCCUUGGAACAGCAGUGUAAAGAGAUCAAGGAUGCUAUCUCCCAUGGCAAGUGUGAUGAUGACAUUGGAGCAGGGGAUCAGGGUUUGAUGUUUGGCUAUGCCACUGAUGAAACUGAGGAAUGUAUGCCCUUAACAAUCCUCCUGGCACACAAACUAACUGCAACUAUAAGGGCUCUGGAACGGAAUGGAACGUGGCCUUGGGUUAGACCAGAUGGGAAAACACAGGUCACAAUGGAAUACAAGGAGUGUAAUGGCAUACUGGAGCCCAUCCGAGUGCACACACUGGUGAUUUCAGUAAAUCAUGCCCCAGACAUAACACUGCAACAAAUACAGAAGGAGCUAAUGGAGAAAGUUGUUAAAAAAGUCAUUCCAGAGAAGUACCUUGAUGAGGACACCAUUUAUCAUCUCCUUCCAAGUGAAAAGUUUAUAGAAGGUGGUCCUAAGACCGAUGCUGGACUGACUGGUCGGAAGAUCAUUGUUGAUACAUACGGAGGCUGGGGAGCCCAUGGUGGAGGUGCAUUCUCUGGGAAAGAUCCCUCCAAAGUUGAUCGUUCUGCAGCCUAUGCAGCUCGCUGGAUUGCAAAAUCUCUGGUGAAAGCUGGUCUCUGUAAAAGGGUACUAAUCCAGCUAUCAUAUGCUAUCGGUCUGAGUUGUCCUCUUGCGAUCUCAGUGUUUCAUUAUGGGACAUCAGACAGAUCUGAAGAAGAACUGCUUGAAAUUGUCCAGAAAAACUUUGAUCUGCGCCUCGGAGCUAUCAUAAGGGAGCUGGAUUUGAAGAGGCCAAUCUAUCAAAAAACAGCAUGCUAUGGGCACUUUGGAAGAGAAGAAUUUACAUGGGAAAUACCCAAAAAGCUUGUGUUUUAAGCUUUUCAAAACAUUUCAUAUUAUUGACAGGGGGAUUAAUAACCAGGACCCUGGACCUUAUCUUUGCCUGAAACUAAUCACAUUUAGUAUGCAUAUGGUCUUGUAGGCAUAAAGCAUAGCAUUAAACUUCAUUAGAAUUUGCUCAAAUUGGUAUUUUCUAUAAAAUAGUAAUGCGGCUUGCUAAUUCUGAAAUGUCAAAAUAAUAAAAUAUUAAAAAAUGUUUUAAUAAAUAGUGGCAUGAAGUUAAAAUGGCAAAGGAUUGCAGAGAUCACUAUACACUAAACUGAUAGCAAUUUCAGUAAGUGGGCAUAUAGUGUCAUUUUAACAAGUCUCAAUUUCACUGUCAUAAGACUUCACCCUUCCAAAGUUAGAGCUUUGUUAAGAAGCUGUGAUGCUUUGUUUCUCAUGGAAGAAGAGCAUUUUGAUGAAAUGUCUUUUGUUAAAUUGAAUGAGGAAAUUAUUUGUUCAGUGGAGGUGUCUGUUAAUCGCUGCUCACUGUCAAACAAACAGAACACAAACAAACAAGCCCCCACAAAACCCCCACGGUGUACUUCAGACAGUAAGAACACAUUCCUGCAAGACUUCUUUCACCUUGCUUUCUGACUUCAGAGUUGAAGACAUUUUCUUCAAGGAAUUGGAUAGAUUACUAAGCUUUCUUUCCCCUUGUCAUUGAUUGGUGUUCCAAAGUAGCCAGGAGUACCACCUGCUGAAGAAAUCCCUAAAUACGGAUUGGAACAGGUACAGUGUACAUUAAGACUCUAGAGAUCCUGUCUAAAAAUUUUAGUGACUUUUCUAAUGACUAGUGAAUUAAUUUUAUUUAUAGAGGUUAGCUAAUUUGCCCUAUGUAAAAAAACUCUUAAAAAACAGAAAAAAAGACAUAUGCCUUGUUUGAAACCAGCAAAUAGAGAAAAGAUACCUGUGCUAAGUUUGUAUUGUCUAGUCCAAAGCCAGACACAAAACUAUUGCUCCACAAAACUAGCAAAAUAAUCUUUUUUUGAAUGAUUGGCGCGUUCUCUCAUUACCAUUCUGGAAAAGAAUGACUGAAACUAGAACCUAAACUGUAAAAAGGGUUCCCAAAUCAGAUAUAAACUUUAACAUGGCAGAUUGCUGAAAAAUUCGCUAAAUUCAAAUGUAGCCUCCAUCCAGGGAUCAAUUGAAAUAUCUUUAUUUAUUUAUUUAUUAAACUUGCUGUUUUAAUAUCAAAUGCAUAGGGUCUUAUUUGAAAUAUGUGGUUACAAUGUAUUAUAAAAAUCUCCCAGUAUAUAGCAGGUCAUAAUCUGCAUAAGAAAAAAAAUUGUAAGAGCACAUCAGAAGAAGAACACAACAGUUUAUGCAUUGGGUUUUGCAACUUCAUCCGCUGUACAGAUAUUCAGCUAACGCAAAGAGCUGCAUGAAUGAAAAAUUUGUACUGCACAAAAUUAUUUGGGUGUAAUGUGGAGGUAUUAGUGGCUGCUCUGAAAAAGAGCUUUUUCAAACAGCGAGUUUGCGUAGGCACUUCCCAAAGAUUGUUAUUCUUGCUGGAUUGUGUGAGGCAGAAUGAAGCCUAAAUCUUUCAAAGGGGCAUGGUUUCACUCAGACCUAGAACAGGCAGUUAGGAAAGAAAAUGAAUGGACAGAAGUGCCAGCUUGGCUGUAAAAGUGCCUUUUGUGUGUUUCUGACCUCAGAAGAAAUGGAGGGUCUCUGCAUGCAAAAUGAAGAUAUUAAAUUAAGAAAGGUCAAACUUCUGUUUGCUUUGUGUGAGGAUUAGUUUUAUGACUCAUGCUUUCAGAGUACAUCACAAGAGCAGUUGCACUAAAAAAUACAAACACUGAAGAAGUAUUUAAUCUUCUCUCUGAGAUGUACUUCUAAAAUAGAUUUUCAUCUGUGCUGAACCUAAUGAACCCUAUCUGGAGCUAUGGAGAUAUUAUUAUAUGUGCCAUUUUUCUAGUUAUAUUUUGGAUAAAUGCAAAAUAGAAUGCGAAUUCAGUGCUAUUUAAUUAAUUUAAUCCCUAAGAAGCUGAAAGCAAUUACUGGAAUGG